GCGGAGGAGUAGGAGGUCAGUGGAGUUCGGGAAGUCGAGCAGCGCAGACGUGGUAAGGUCGUUUUGAGAACUGGUGCGCGGUUCGGUCUUUGAGUGUUGCUACUUGGCAGAAUCUCUCUGUGCUUCUGUGCAAGACUGUUAGUGGACAGUGAGGAGUGAAGAUUGAGUGUGUCGCCUUCGUAAGAGGAUGCCUACCAAGGGGGAAAGGGGUAAAGCCACGGACUUCAGCAUCGCGGCCAUCAUGGCGCCCAGGGGUCCGUCCUUCGGACAUUACCACCUGCAGGCUCUCGGAAACACGCCAGGCAACACCUUGGAAUGCGCUAGUAAAGCGUUCGUCAACGCUCCUCACGACCACCGUAUGUCCACGUCGCCGGUGGAAAUAGUGACGACAGCGACAGUCGUGACCGAGGAAGUCCUCGAGGAAGACGAAGAGGAAGGUAUCGGCGAAGCCGAGAGCGAGGAAGCUGAGAAAUCGACGAACGACGAAGAGGAAGAGGUCGACGUUGACGUGGAAGAAUGUAGUAGCGUGGAGGAAGGGCCGAUCAGCAUCACGGAGGAGCAUACCUCGCGGAAAUGCGCAGGGAGUGCCGAUACGGAGAGAAAACAUCGCAGAAGGACAAGUUGCAAUUCGGAUGAGUUGAGGGACGUCGAGUGUCACUUGGAGACAAAAGAGCUAUGGGAUAAAUUCAAUGACCUUGGAACGGAGAUGAUAAUUACUAAAACCGGAAGACGCAUGUUUCCUACCUGUCGAGUCUCCUUCAGCGGACUCAGGACCGAGGGUCGCUACGCGGUGCUCAUGGACAUUGUGCCGGUGGACAACAAGAGGUACAGAUACGCCUAUCACAGGAGUUCCUGGCUGGUGGCUGGGAAAGCCGAUCCACCGGCACCGGCCAGACUCUACGUACAUCCGGACUCGCCGUUCACCGGCGAACAGUUGCGCAAGCAGGUCGUCUCCUUCGAGAAGGUCAAGCUGACCAACAACGACAUGGACAAACACGGUCAGAUUGUUCUAAAUUCGAUGCAUCGAUAUCAGCCGAGGAUACACCUGGUCAGGUGUCGUAACGAGAGCAACGAGCCAAUCACGGAUCUUCACAAGGAGGAGCACAAGACGUUUAUCUUUCCCGAAGCCAUUUUCACAGCCGUGACGGCAUAUCAAAAUCAAUUGAUAACUAAGUUGAAGAUCGACAGUAAUCCCUUCGCCAAGGGUUUUCGGGAUUCGUCAAGACUCACGGACUUUGAUAGGGAUCCGAUGGAACUGAUGGAGCAGCAGCUGGUACGAUGCGGAGUACCGCCGGUACGACUGUACGAGCAUCUAGCGAUAUCAUCACCGGCGGCAGCGGCAGCACUGGGUGUCCAGCAACAGCAACAGCAGCAACAACAGCACGAGGCUGGCUCCCAUCCCUUAUGGUUACCUACGUCGACGGCGUUGCUAUACGGGGGUGUAGCACAGAGCAGGGGCGGCACCCCGUCCCCGUAUCCGGGCAGCCCCUCGUUUCCCUACCCUGCUCUUGCGUGGCCCUGGCAACCCCCCGUGGCAAUGAUCUCCCGUCGUUCAUCCCCUUCAGGGGUCAGAUAUGUCCCCUAUCCGGCGCCCUCCUCGACGCCACCGCCACUUCGCGCACGCCCAGCCACCCCCAAUUAGCAGACACACAGAGACCCUCUAAGCCAAAGAACUACCCCUUAGACUAAGUAUUUAUAGGGCGCACUUUCGAAUCGCAUCUCGUUUCUCUUAAGCGCCCUGUAGCAAUUUUAGCAUAGGACUUUCUUUACGAGGGACACGUUUACGACCCCUUGGUCCUUUGUUUAGGUAUUUUUCCUCCUCCCUAAUCUCUCCCUUCGCCUUCCACCCGCCCUCGCGUCUGUCCUAUCGUCCCUCCGGCCGGAAUGGACGCUUCCCGAUCGAUUCGUAAAUCCUGUCCCUCGUGCUUGUAAAUAGUUAGUUUUAGUGUGUACAGAAAGUGUCGCGUGCUCCGCUACGCGCCAGUUGCUGUUACGCGUGCGCGAUGCAAACGGAGAAUGGGAGAAUCAAUAGAUGUGUACCAUACCGAAUAGUAUUAUUAACGGUGGCCCGUACAAGGGACCUGCCUAAAAAUGUGUACAUAACCUCUCUACCCGUAGCGAGUAGCUCUCGGUCGUAUCUAGAUGUAGUACGAGAGAAUAAAUGGAUUUUCAUUAAGGAAA